AUGGAUAUGAAUCCAAAAGAGCAAUUUGAAAGCCUUCGUAAAGUGGGUAGUGGUGCUAAUGGCGCCGUCGUACGAGCUGUAAAAAAGCAUACAAAAGUCCAGGUGGCUAUCAAACGAUGCUAUAUUGAAGAUCAGGAUACACCUCAUCAUGCUUAUAUCUUGCGCGAAUUACGUAUCAUGGGUUGUUUGAACCAUCCAAACCUAAUUCAGUUACGGGAGGCUUGUCUAUGGGAAGAUCACCUUUGGAUGUGUAUGGAACUGAUGUCUUGUUCUGUAUUCAAUUUAUUAUUUAAUACAACCACUGGAUUAAGUGAAGGUCAUACGGUUCGAAUUGCUAAAGAGUGUUUGGAAGGUUUGGUUUAUCUUCACUCCAAGAAUUACAUGCAUCGCGAUAUAAAAUGUGAAAAUAUCCUUUUAGGCAGAAAUGGUCAAGUUAAGCUAGGUAAUAAAGUUGUAUCAACUCCAUUGAACAGAGUCAAUACCAACAGACUAGGUACAGCCAAGUGGAUGGCACCUGAAGUCGUAUCAGAGAGUCCUUAUAAAGAAAACGUCGAUAUUUGGUCGCUUGCUAUCACGAUGAUCGAAAUGAUGGAUCGUGUGCCCCCGCUUUAUUAUCUUGAAAACAACCAAGACGUUUAUGCCGAAAUCCUCUAUGGUGAUCCACCCAAGUUCCACUUUUCGGUCCCAUCACCUGCAAUGAAUGAUCUUGUUCGUUGGAUGUUGACUUAUAAUGGAUUAUCUCGUCCCGGAGCAAAAGCCGUGCUCAAGGUAAUACAAGAAAAAAAUUGA